CCGCCGGAAGUUCCGGGCACCCCAACAGGCGGAUUCCGGUUCCGUUGCGCUCAGACCUCCGGCGCCCGGGACCGUGGACCAGCGGAGCGAGGACGAGGCCGAGGGUCCCACAGGCAUGCUACAAAAAGAAGCCUGGCAAGGCAGGAUUGUUUACAACCAGAGCCAAAAGGAUAUCCUCCAGAAAUGGUUUGAACACAACCCUUACCCUGAUAAAGCUUCCAGGCAACAAAUGGCCAAGGAAAUUGGUAUUCCAGAGCCUAAAAUUCAGAUUUGGUUUAAAAACCACAGAACAAAACAGAGACAGUUGGAAUCUGAAUGUUACUUAGGAAAAGACCAAAUCCAGGCACAGGACGAGCCUCAGACUUGGACUCAAGAAUACUUACCAAAAGAAACCAGACAAGACCAGAUAUUUGUCACAAGAUCUCAAUCAAACAUCCUAAUUCAAGCCUUUGAAAGGAACCAAUUCCCUGGUAUUGCAACCAGAAAAAAGGGGGCUAAACAAACAGGCAUUCCAGAAUCAAGAAUUCAAAACAGAAGAUCUCUGUACCCUGGGCAGAGCAGAAGUGAGCCCAUGACUUCCUUGGUAGAUGACCCAAGUGGGAGACCUGAUCUAAUAGUUCAGCAGCAUGAAUUUGACCUUUCCACUCUUAAAGGCAGGUCUCAUCAUUUUCCUUCCUCCAAAUCUUUCAGCCAGAAACAAACAUUUCUACCUGCUCAUCUCCCAUCCCAUGUGUCCUUUGUUCCGUGUGUGAUCCAAGGACCAAAUGUCAGGAUGGUGCAGCCCAUACAGGCUGCAAAGGGAGGAGACAGCUCUCCUACUCUGACACUUGGGAGUUACGUGCCAAUACCACCAACUCUAGGAGGAGACCUCUCAGAUACUGAGACUGCCUUCCUAUUGCCCCCAAACCAAGAAAAGUGCCAGAAUCACAAAGAACAGACUGGCACAAGAGUAGUGCAGGUGAAGGACUGUUCUCAGCCUCAUCCUGAGCACAAAAAGCACCAGUCACAGGAUCUGGACAUAUCUUACAUUAUGCAGUGGUGGGAUGAGGGCUGCCAGGCUCUGAUUGCAGAAUGGGAUCCUGGAGAAGGAACACAGUAAGACUGGCGGCCACAGCAAUCAAUGGAGAACCAUCUCAUCCAACUGCACCAGCAAUAUGUAGAAAUCCCAAGCCUGUUUAGUCAAUUCCUACCACACACAGGUUUUUAGAAAAGAUAUAACCCACAGAAAGAGGUCCAGCCUGGACCCCAGUUGUGCCUCAGUGAAGAAGACUGUCAGGCUCAGCUCCACAUGCUGCAAGCUCACCAAGGCCUGAACUUCAGGAGGUAGAAAUAUCAUUCUCAGAACAAGGUCAAGACCUCCUUUCUUUUGAUACAGAAUCAGUACAAUUUACAGGAUAAUGAAAAUGAAGUCAUCCUAUUUGGGACAAGAAUAAUGCAGGUAGAAGGAGAAACCACUUGAAACCCCAAAUGGAGGUUUUUACUGUCUUGGAGGCAGUGGUUAUUGUCCCUAUUCACUUCUCUAAGGGAUAGUUUCCAAGCUCCAUACUGCCUCCGGAAGCACUUUGGGCACUACCUAUCUGCUGAAUCCUUCUGAACAAAAGCAUUUUACUGGCAAAUAAAACCUCCCUAUGAGCACCACUUCCUCCAGAGUCUGGAAAAUCUACAGACUAUAAUCACACCCAGAUGAGAAUAGGUCUAUGGUAUUCCGGAAAAGCUAAGAAGGCAAACUGAAAGUUAAUUUGUCAUAUAGAAAAUGAAAGGAUGCUGUAUUCCUGAUGAUGUGAGUUCAUGAAAGUGAGCUUUUUCCCUGAGCUCUGAGGGUUUGAAUUGGGAACUAGAAACUACCUCAGCAUCUAUCAUAAGGGAAUGGUUAAAUUAGGAUAAAUCCACAAUUGUGAGAAUUCACUGAUAAUUUUUUCCCUUUUUGUUGAUUUUCUUUUGAUUUCCUUUUAUUACUUUUUUUACUUACAUACAUUUAAUUAUAAGGAAAAUAUAGUGGCAACACCAUACAGUCACUAAACAUAGUCCCAUGUUAAUAAUUCCACGUUUUUAGGCUUUUCAUAUAUGUAUUUACAUGUGUAUAUCUACACACAUAUAUUCACAAAAUAAAUAUUUUUUGUCAUUACAAAUUAUAUGUUAAUCUAAAAUCUGGGAUAGCUAGUCUUAGUAUUCUCCCUUCUUUGGAAAUGGUAACUUUUAAAAUAGAUUUUAGUGUAUUAAGGUGUAUAUGGUGUAUAUGGGUCUUCCUAGUACAAUAAAAAUCUUUGAAAAAAAUACUCCCUUGUUCACUUUAUCAGUUUACAUUGUUUAGUCAUAUUUGUUUACUUGCCCCAUGAAGGGACUGGCACAAGGUCAGUACACAUACAUCCAGUUCCACCGAGAUACCAGUUUAUACUAAUAGAGCUGUGGGGUGGACAUAUACACUGAUGUCUGGGUGCAUUAGGUCCAAGAGUUUCUCUAUGUAUUUAUACACAAUAGCACAAGUGCCAGAAUAUUCUACCAUCACAAUUUAU